AUGACCACUGUCACUGGUGGUUAUUGCAUUUACUCCACCACUCCCACUGGCCAAGUCACCUAUCACUGCGUUUACAACACAGUCAUCAAAUCACUUGGAUGCACAGGUUCUCACAUUUUCUUCAUUUCUGCCGAGCUUCAUGUUUACAGCCCUCAUGAGGACCUCCCCCUACCUGACGACACAGUAGUCUUCAUCAUUACACGUGUCUAUGCACCUAUCAGAACUCCAGUCCUGUUCGAAGCCAUCCACGUUUAUUCUUUCUCUGGCGAUCCUUCCAAAGACAAAUAUGAUAAACAUUUGCCCAAUAUUCCCCUGCAUUUCCUUGAGCUUGAGGUGGUUCACUUUGUGCAGAAUGCAAUGCCUCUUGAUAAAAGCAAACAUCUUAUCCUUGAGGCCUCAGAUUACGUGCGAGACAAGAAGAAGAUGUCCACGGUUGAGGCAAUGUUCAAUAGGUCCACCUCUCGCUGGGCUCACAUUCCACUGCCUGUCGUGCAGUGCACCAUGCAGAUUAUUGGCACCUUGAGUGAAUUUUGCCAUGACAGCAUGCUCAUCAUCAAGAUCAAGUCACUGUCGUUUAACACCCUGCCGCCUGCUUCUGAUCCUGCCACCAGUGCUAGUCUGAGAACUGGUCUCGGAACUAUGACUAGCAUGACCACCACCGGCUCUGUGCUGCCUGUAUCUGCUGGCACCGGCAUUGCAUGUCACACCAACAUGCUAGUCAUGGUACUGACAGUUUAG